AUGGAGCCAGAGAGCAUAGGUGAUGUGGAGAACAGUAUCCAGGAUGAUAAUGGCAGCGCAAUAUCCGGGCCUCGCAAGCGUUCUGGUAGCAAGACGUCUAGUGCUAAGAACAUACGGAAUUCCAGUAACAUCUCCCCAGCGUCGAUGAUUUUCAGGAACUUACUGAUACUGGAGGAUGACUUAAGACGCCAAGCUCAUGAACAGAAGGUACUAAAGUGGCAAUUUACUCUAUUUCUGGCCUCUAUGGCAGGUGUAGGUGCAUUCACCUUUUACGAGCUAUAUUUCACCACAGAUUAUAUCAAGGGCUUCUAUAGGGUUAUUUUACAGUUUACACUCUCUUUUAUUUCAAUUACCGUAGUUCUUUUCCAUAUUAGUGGGCAAUACAGAAGAACCAUUGUCAUUCCAAGAAGAUUUUUCACCUCUACUAAUAAGGGGAUUAGACAAUUCAAUGUGAAGCUGGUCAAAGUGCAGUCUACAUGGGACGAAAAAUAUACAGAUUCCGUAAGAUUUGUGAGUCGAUCCAUUGCUUAUUGCAACGUUUAUUGUCUUAAAAAAUUUCUCUGGCUUAAAGACGAUAAUACCAUCGUGAAAUUCUGGAAAAGUGUCACAAUACAAUCUCAACCGAGGAUCGGAGCUGUGGAUGUAAAAUUAGUGCUUAACCCCAGAGCAUUUAGUGCAGAAAUUAGAGAGGGAUGGGAGAUUUACAGGGACGAAUUUUGGGCGAGAGAGGGUGCAAGAAGACGCAAGCAGGCGCAUGAACUCCGACCAACUUUAGAGUGA